ACCCUGGGGAACACUGGCAAGAUUGAAUUCAAGUGGGUGCUAAAGCCUAGCCCUGCAGACCAGCAUCUGCCUGGUGUGUUUCUGGUCAAGCCCACCACUGGCUCCAUUGCACCUGGCAAGAAGCAAGUGCUGAAAUUCUCUUACAUGCCGGGAUUCCCAGGAGCCUUCAGCAGAACUUACCAGCUUAAAGUGGGUGACCUGGACCCGGAAAAUAUCUGCCUGAAAGGAGAAGCAUCCUUUCCCAUGAUCAGUGUGAACCUGCCCUGGAACAUCAAAGGAAAUGAAAAAUAUGAGAAGACACUAAAACAGCUCAUAAGACCCCUGAAACAAUACAAUCAGAGGAAUAAACCAGUUGUUUGUAAGAAGACUCAGAGCCUGAAGACCAAGACCUUGAAGUCUCAGACCCCGACAGCUCAGACUGCUAAAAGUCAGACCUUGAAGACUCGGAAUCCCAAGACUCAGGAACUGAAGCCCUGCGUGCUUGACUCUGGCAUUGUAAGUUGAGCUGCCCCAGUAUGUCCUGGACAUGGGCCCUGUCCUUAAGGGUUACACUGAAACACACACUCUGAAGAUCAGCAACCCUGGGCAGAUCCAUGCGUCCUUCCAGGUCGAUGUAUCUGUCCUGCAGGACACAGGUUUCAGCGUGGACCUGGACCAGAUGAAUGGCCUGCCCCCCAACCACACCCUGGAGUUUGACGUGCGCUUUGAAAGUGCCCACAAGCCACAGGGUGAUGUGGAAGUGGUGCUGCCCAUAGAGGUGACAGAAGGCCCUGUGUACAACGUCCGCCUCCAUGCCACUGUGUCUGAACUGUCGCUCGACCUCUCCAAGAACAGACUGCAGUUCUCUGACAUCCUCGUUGGGCACUGCCAGGUUGAGACCAUCCGACUCCACAACCGGUUCCGAGUACCCUGCCGAUGGUUCAUUACUGCCAGCAAGCCUGUUGUGAAGAAAGAUCACCUGAAAUACAUGACACCAGCUGUACGUCAGAAGCUGCAGGCCCUGGAGGAUGAGCCUUGUCCCUUUGAAGUGACGCCCUCCAAAGGAACCCUUGGUCCAGGAGAGUGGCAGAACUUGCAAAUCCAGUUUACACCCAAGGAGGAGAGGUCUUACAAGAAUGAGCUGAAGCUUAACAUUUGUGGGAGCAGCAUUCACCUAAAGCUGCACCUCUCAGGACAAGGUCUGGAGCCACGAUUGGAGUUCAACCCCCCAGCACUAAAGAUGGGAUGGUUGCUGGUGGGCAGCGAUGGGGUGGAGGCCACAACGGUGGUGAAGAAUCCAUGCAACUUCCCCAUUGAGUUUUACUCACUGGAUUUUGAUGAGAAGUACCUUGAGGAGGAGAAGAUCCUGCGGAUGGCAGUGGGGUCUAAGUACCAGAAGAGCUUCUUUAUGCCUCCACGUUCCGUGGGUGAGACGCUGCCCCCAGAGGUGCUGCAGAACCAUGAAGCACAGAGGAGGCCAGAGGCUCAACAGGCAAAGCCCAAGGCCAGGGCUGAGGCUGAGGCCAAGGCCAUGGGCAGGGCAGCAGCAGAACUGCAGUGGGAAAAAGCUAUGCAGAGGAGCAUAAAACAUGUCUUGCAAAUGGAUAAGGAUGAGUAUGAUGCCCUCCCUAAGGAGAAGAAAGCCAAAGUGGAUAAAAUAAUACUGGAAAAGAAGCGCAUACGGAGGAACAGGGAGCUGAAGCAGCUGGCUCAAAAGCUUGAGGAGGAGGCAAAAGCCUUAGAGGAGGAAGAGAGGCGGAAGGAGGAAGAGAGGCAGAAGGAGGAAGAGAGGCGGAAGAAGGAAAAGAAGGGCAUCUCUGUGGGGAAGCAACCUACAAAACCAGAGAAGGGGAAAACCAAGACCCCAGAGAAGAAGGAAACCAAGACCCCAGAGAAGAAGGGAACCAAGGUCCCAGAGAAGAAGGAAACCAAAUCUCCAGAAAAGAAGGAAACCAAGGCCCCAGAAAAGAAGGAAACCAAAAUCCAAGAAAGUAAGGAAACCAAAGCCCUAGAAAAGAAGGAAACCAAAAUCCCAGAAAUAAAGGAGACCAAACACAAUGCAAGGGAGGAAGGCAAGGAGCAGCUCCUGCAGAGAGGACCCAUCCCAAAGCAGAGGGGCCAGAAGGGCCUCCAGCAGCACUGUGGGAGCUGGGACUAG